AUGAAACCGCGAAGAAUUCGACUGACGUUAGGUGCAGCGGCGAAGGCAGGGGGGAUAUCUCUCAAUGACAUGCUGCGCAAGGGACCGGACAUAGUGGUUUCAUUGGGUGAUGAACGUGAAAUGAACGACGACAUCUUCAUGACAACAAUGGCCGAAAUAGAACAUAUAAUAAAUUCUCGCCCGCUGACAUACUCCGGAACAGAUAACAAAGAACUGGAAACGAUCACAACAAAAUAUUUCUUCCAUGGAAACUCAUCUGAACAGCAUCACCCAUUCCAUGUAUCAAUUACGCUGGCGGAAGAACUGAGAAGUAGUUACAAGCGAAUGCAAGUACUAGCCAAGGAGUUCUGGGACUGUUGGUGCAAAGAAUACUCUGCAACACUGAACCAAUGUAGUAGGUGUUACGAGGAUAGUCGGACACUGGGAGUAGGAUACUUGUCAUUAAUGAUGGAUGAUGGUAAAGCGGGUACAAUUAUCAGGGGCAUCGUAGACGAAGUAUUCAUCGGACAGGAUGGUCGUGUUCGUCAAGCCUUGACUAGAAUGACUAAUGGAUGCUUUCGAAAACCUGUGGCUAAACUAGCGGUUCUGGAGUUAGGAGAUAAACCUGUUGACCGUACAAAAGAGUAA